GCUAAUGGCCUCCACAAUAUCAAAUUUAUCUUCUCCGGCCUCUUCUCCAUCAUCUACAACAUCAACCUCUAGUAAUAGUAAUAUCGUAACCACACCUAGAAAACAUCUCACUCCUCUUUCAACUCCCACCAAUAACAAUGUAUCCAUAACUACCAUCAUCACUCCUCCCAUUAAAACCAAUGACAAUCAUGUAACAACACAAGUUGCCAGUACAAACUCAUUAACUUUGGAAAAACAAAAUACAAAUCUUCUGAGCACAAAUAAUGGCAUUCACAAGGCAACACAUAAAUCUUCUAGUAAUAAUAAUAGCAAACAAAUUGUUAUUACUCAACAAGUUUUAAAUCAUCCUAUUCAAAAAUCUAACCGUUUAAAUAGACAAUCUGAAUAUUUACAUUCAAUUGGAGAUCAUGGAAAAGCAGCACAAUUGAACAGAAAGGGAAUGUCAAUAUUGGAAAGAUCAAAAAACUUAACUUGUGACAAGAGUGCUCUUGACUCAAUUAAUCAUUUGAUUUCUCAUUAUAAAUCUGAAUAUAGAUUCCAAAGAAAUUUGGAUGAAGCAACCACAAUUACAAAUAAUAUGAAUGGAUCGACAAUACUGAAUAAUAGAUCGAGAAUUAAUAAUGGACCAAUUGUGAUGGAACAAUACGGAGACAGAGAGAUGAUUAUGCCAAAACAAUAUGAUCUUAGUGAAUCUAUGAUUGGACUUUCAGCAACUCAAUCAACUAAUAAUCAUAAUUUAUUGACUAUGAAUGAUUUUAAUGGACAAUGCCUAUCUCCAAUAGGUCAUAAUGGAGGUGAUACUCCUUCACAAUCAACUCCAACAACCCCAGGAGUUACACUCUAUUCAGAAUUGUAUAAUUUGUUUAUAUAUCCUUGGAUUCAAUACCAGAAAAAUUUGGAAGAGGCAACCGAAAAUGAACAAUUGAGAAAGCUCUUCAAUAAGACUCUUCUUUCCACUCAACAAAAGCUGAACCAGGUCAUGCAGAAAACUCAAUCUGCAGAUGAGACUGAUAUGGCUAAUUCACAAUUUGGUAGUAUGAGUGGAAUGUCUUCACCUCUUCAUCCUAUGGCCAGCAGUACAGCUAUGCAUACUGAUAUUUCUAAAAAGUUGCUCUCAUUAAGCUACAGUCUCAAUGCCGAUAAGGUUACUCGCCUUACUAACUCUGUUAGCAAAAAAGACAAAGAAAUAGAAUUGCUUAAAAAGAAAAUCAAAGAACAACAAGAGAUUAUUUCCAAACAUGAAGAAAAUUGGAAAUUAAUGAAACAAGAGGCAAUGGAAUCGGCCAUGAACAAGGCAAACAAAUAAUGUUUUUUCCAUUCAAUUGUUUUCAAUACCGAUGAUGAAUAUAUUGAGAAAAGAAAAAUAAUUCACUAUUUAAUCUCUCUUCAAGAAUCGGCACUUUGGUGAACUGAGGUCAAGUUCAAAGCGGUUGUAUGUUGGCGCGCAAAUUUUGAAAAAUCCUCUUACAGUUUUUGUUCUUAAAAUAAAAAACAAGAAAGUGAAGGGACGGGUUAU